AGAGUGGAGGUAUUGUGUUCAGAAAGGUUGCCUUGCCGAAAGACACCCAAGCUAAGCUUAGCAUGAUGUACAUGUACCAGAGCUCUCUCUUUCUCUUCCUGUCCAUCUUGUCUUCUUCGUACAGCUCUCGAGUCUCUCCAGCAGUGGCUGCAUUCUCUCCCAUCUCCACUACUACAACUACUACAAGCAGUAGAACCACACUUACCAAAAUGGCUUCCUCAUCACCAUCAGAUGGCAGUAGUACUAAGAAGAAUCCCCCUCAACACGUGAUUAUUGCCGGUGGCGGUGUGAUUGGGACCACCACGGCGUACUAUCUGGCCCACAAUCACGGCAUUGCUUCCACCGUCAUCGAUCCAACCGGCACCAUUGCUCCGGCGGCAUCGGGCAAAGCGGGAGGUUUCUUGGCAUUGGAUUGGAAUGACAUGUCGCCCCUCCGACAAUUGGCACGGCGAUCGUUUGCCCUCCAUCAGACAUUGGCGGAUGCACUCGGCGCUACUCGCGUGGACUAUCGUCGAUUGAUGUGUGCAUCCAUUGGUGUCGAUCCGACGGGACGAAUGAAACCGCGCGGCAAGAAAUUUGACAAUAUCGAAUGGGCGACCAAAGAAACAACAGCAACGACAACUACAAAACAAGAGGAUGCAAUAGCGGGCAACGUCGUGUCGUUUCAAGUGAUGGGAGAUACCGAAACCAUUGCCCAAGUUCAUCCCAAGAAAUUGUGCGUAGCACUGUGGGAAUCUGCCUGUUCCAAAAUCGAGGAGACUAGCAAUGACAGCAACAACAAGAAAAAUCAACUUGUACAAGGCAAGGUCACAUCCAUUGCCAAACACGAGAACGACGGAUCCUUGGUCGGAGUCACAUUGGAGGAUGGAACCCUCAUCCCGGGAGAUACCGUUCUCUUGGCGUGUGGACCUUGGACGGCCAACAUUAUGACGGGCAUCAAAUACCACAGUGUCAUUAUCCCAACCGACAAUGUCUUGCACCAAUGCGUCUUUUUUGCCGGUUGCGGUGAUCCCGAAGUCUACGUUCGACCCGACGCCACCGCCUAUUGCACGGGAUUUCCCGAUCCACCCCAACGCGUUACCGAACAACCCGGCCAAGAGGAGGUUCGACCGGAAGCUGCCGAUCGCAUCGUCACGGCCGUGCGAACCGCAUCGUCCUCGUCGUCGUUUGCCAACAAUAACGAGCCCGAAAAAGUGGCAGCGUGUUAUCUGCCUUCCACGCCCGAUGGGUUGCCCAUCAUGGGACAAGUACAGGACGACGCCGCCGUUUAUGUGGCCAGUGGUCACACGUGUUGGGGCAUCUUGUUGGGACCGGCUUCGGGAGAAACCAUGGCCCACCUCAUUGCCACGGGUCAGACCGCCACGGACCACGUGAGCUUGGCACCCUUUCAACCAGCCAGGUUUCGAAACCUGCAACUGUUAGAAGAGCAAUAGUUCAACUAGCUAGUUCGAAACCAAGAAGGGAAAGAGCGAGUAGUGCAAGUGACUGGUUUGCUGUGUAGGUAGGUGUUACUCGGCUAGCUGCAUACAUAGUAGAUUAGAACAAUAAAGGGAUAGCUUGUAUUUUAU